AUUAUUAAAAUAUAUUCAAAGAUAAAAGUCAGUGAAUUACAUUAAUUAAAUCUUAAUAUUCUUGAAAAAUGAUUUACAAAACGUAUUCUUGUGUUUUAAUUUUAGUUUGUUGUUUUUAUUUUAAAGAUGUCUUUGCAAAUAUAUUUAUAAAGGACAAUACUGGAACACUAAUUUGUCAUAUGACGGAUGAUAGUUCCAAUCAAUUUGGGAAUCUUAAUAUGAGUUUUGAAAAUGUGAAAAGAGUUGUUGCAGAAAUAUAUUUGCGUCAGGAUAAUUAUAAUAGCAGUCAAAAAAAUGAAAAAAAAAUAGAACUUACAAUUACGUUCAAAGAAGACAACAUAAUUUUAUAUUACAGAAAAGACCGUGAAAUUUGCUCAUACAAUGAAAAUGGUACUAUAAGAUUGAGGGAAAUUAUUCAAGAUUUGGGUUAUGAUAUUGAAUUUAAAGUAUUUGAAAACAUUGAUAAAUCCACUGUAUUCACAUAUACCGUCAUAAUACCGCAAAGGGCCGGGACAACUAUUGGUGGCACUGAUGUGACCAAACACUGGUUAUUACUGGUGUAUAAGCCGACGAAUAUUACCAGUCAGCAAACGACUUCCCCACCUAUAUGAGUAAAACUGGUUUCUU